AUGCCGGAAGGAGAGGCUCAAGCCCCGCCAGGCGGGGGGCCGCCCCCGGAUGCGCUGGCGGAGCAGGUAGAGCUGUGGUGGUCCCAGCAGCCCCGGCGCUCGGCGCUCUGCUUCGCCGUGGCCGUGGCGCUCGUGGCGGGCUGCGGGGCAGGUGGCGUGGCGCUGCUGUCCUCCACCAGCAGCCGCUCGGGCGAGUGGCGACUGGCGACGGGCACCGUGCUGUGCCUGCUGGCCCUGCUGGUCCUGGUCAAGCAGCUGAUGAGCUCCGCCGUGCAGGACAUGAACUGCCUCCGCCAGCCCCACCACGUGGCCCUGCUGCGGAGCGGCGGCGGGGUGGACGCCCUGGUCGUGCUGCUCAGCGGCCUGGUGGUGCUGGUCACAGGCCUGACUCUGGCCGGGCUGGCCGCCGCCCCGGCCCCGGCCCGGCCCCUGGCCGCCAUGCUGUCUGUGGGCAUCGGCCUGGCCGCCUCGGGUGCGCUCUUGCUGCUGGGCUUGCUGCUCUAUCAGGUGGGCGUCAGUGGACACUGUCCGCCUCUCCGUGCGGCCGCCCCCUCCACCCACGCCCACCACGGUGGCGACGGCAGCAUCUUCAGCAUCUCGGGACGGUUUUCUGCCGGGCGGCGUCAUGAGACCACGUCCAGCAUCGCCAGCCUCAUCUGA